AUGUCUCAAACAGAACAACAAUUUGUGAGCACGUACACACAGCUUAUAUCGCUAUCGUCCUCAGCACCCACCAACACCUUUAAUUUCGUGGGAGAUUACCAUAAACUUGAAAGUUUAGGACCUUCACUUCCAAUAUUGAAGGUGGAAUUUCCAUCUGAAAAACAACAAAUCCACUCCAAAUCUUCCACAAUAACGCUAAACUUCAAGUCCAUUAAGCCCCCGUUCAAAUUCACCCAUUCCCUCGAAGCAAACACAAAUCAAUCCAUCUAUAAAGUGAAAUCGGAUCUCAUUUCAGCAGUAGAAACCUUGAAAAAUGCCGGUGUUCAACCAGGAGAUAUCAAGUUUCUAGUCAAGGGAAAGGUUUACCAGGACACAGCGUCUUUGUCUCUGUUUUCUGAGCCCGAAGUGUCUUUUAUGUGUAUGGUUUCUGCACCAUCUUCGUCUUCGGUUGCGAAAGGAGAUGAUCCUGACGAUGUUCCCGUGGAAGAUGUGCUGUUUGCCAGCCUGAAGACCAUUUCCAGCGAGACCUGGAAUGAAAUAGUCAAGCUCUUAGUGAAAGAUCUCGACGAAACUCAGGCAAAAGCCUUGGUGGAGAAAUGGAAACAGACAGUGAGACAGUAA